CGGUGCCUAUAUAACAUAGAACAUGCUUCAAAGUUCUCUACCACUUUCACUAACUCCCUUGAUUUCUAAACACCUAGCUACAAGGCUUUUGAUUCUUAAACAUGGCCAUGAGAAUUGCUCUUCUAAUUCUAGCUCUGGCCACACCAGUGGUCUAUGGAGCACAACACGUUGUUGGUGAUAGCCAGGGUUGGAGUCAAACAACUGACUACGCCACCUGGGUUGCUGCUCAAACAUUUGUAGUUGGUGACACCCUUUUGUUCACCUAUGACUCUACCCACCAAGUGGAUGAAGUAAAUCAAGCUGGCUACACAAGUUGCAGCUCUAGCAAUGUCAUCAAAAAUUACAAUGGUGGAAGCACAACAAUCACUUUAAACACUGCUGGCCCAAUGUACUUCAUAUGCCCCACAGCUGGUCACUGUGCUCAAGGUAUGAAACUAUCGAUCACUGUUGGAGCAGCUAAUGGCACCACCCCAAGCGGCUCACCCACCGCCCCGACCGGUACACCGCCCUCCACCGUCACCGCCUCACCUCCACCACCACCAAAGAGUGGAGUGGCUAGUAUUUCUUGUAACAUGAACAAUUUGAUGUUUGGGUUUUUGCUUGUGCUUGUGACCAUGUUUGCAUACAUGGGCUAGGCAAGAGGCAGUGCUAAGCUAUUGGCGUAAAUUAUUGUUUCUGUUGGUUUGUUGAAUUAUUAUACUGUGUUAUCAUUAUUGAACGUGAGAUGUAGCUGUUGAUAUCAUGUUAUCAAUGAAUAAUUGACCCUUACGAGAA